AUGCCUCACGCAGGCUCCGAACCGCUCGAGAUCCAUCUCGAGUCGAAUGACCUCGUCCUGCGAGGCUUCACGGGCGACGAGUUCGAGCCGGCGGUUCUCAACGGCGAGCUGAUUCUCAAUCUGGUGCAUCCGACGGACCUUAAGGAGGUCUCGCUCGUCUUCACCGGCGUCGCCAAGGUGGCCUGGCGCGACUCGUCAACACACCACCACGACCACCCUCUCUUCUUUCACGACUUUAACUUCCUGAACCCUUCCUCUCACACAAGCCGCGAGGACGCCAAGAAGGAGCAGCACCACGUCCAUACACUCAAGGCCGGCCGCCACGUCUUCCCCUUCUCCCUUACCGUCCCAGGCUCGCUUCCUGCCAGUCUUCGCACGUACUCAGGUACCGGCAUCAUUGAAUACAAGCUCAAAGCGCUGGCGCAGCGACCUGGCUUUACGGCGGCGGAUUGGAAGGCGAGGAAGAUCGUGAGGUUGUCGAGGAGCUUCCCGGCGGACGCGGUCGAGUUCAAUCAAACGCUCGAGAUUGAGAACACUUGGCCUGGCAAGGUCAUGUACUCGUUCACAAUCCCUCACAAGGCCUAUGCCGCGGGAGACACGAUUCCCGUAGCCGUCAAAUUCUCGCCGCUCGCCAAGGGCGUCCGCAUCGUUUCGCUAAUCACGACGAUUCGCGAGCACACCACCGUCUACUCGAAGAGCUCGUCGCACUCGGAAGCUCGCGACGCCACGGUCGUCAAAUACAACUUCCUCGACGCUCCGUCAGCUCGCUCGUCCGGUGCAAACACGCCCGCGCCUCGCAUCGAGUCGUCCGCCUCACUCUCUUCGCUCGGCGCCCAACCUUCGGGAGUCUCGACGCCGACUACGCCCGGUUUCAACUCGCCCAUUCAUGGCUCCCGUACGCCCGUUCGCGAGCGUGGCGACGAAACGGGCUACCCGUUCUCGGUCGGUCGCGCCAGUCGACCGCGCGCACGGUUUCAGCUGGGACCGGAGGACGAGGACGAGGAGGAGGAGCUGCACCAGCCUCAUCCGGCGCACGAGGAGCACGAGGAGGUCGACGAUGGCCAGGACACCGAGAUUGACGUCGUCGUCGACGUCCAAAUCCCCAUCUGGACAGCACCAUCGCAUGCCGUCCAUCCCGUCUUCGUCAACCACAAGAUCAAGUGGAGCGCCUUCAUCAAGAACCCGGAUGGCCACGUCUCGGAGCUGCGAUGCGCCCUGCCGAUUCACAUCCUCGCGUCGUGCUUGCAGGACGAAGCGCGACUCGCUUCCGCCGGCUCGCGCAACCUUCUCUUCGGCGAGUCGGGUGUCCUCGCGCACUCGGAUGUCCCGCAAGUCGACUUGCCGUCGUACCAGGACCACGUGAUGGACCGCAUCGCGAACGCCGAGACGGCUAGCUACUUCACAGCAUCGUCCGGCUUCGCUCCGACACCUUGGAGCACUCGCACAACCCCGACCGGUACUCCCGGCAUCUCUCCUCCCGCCUCGCGCCCUCCUUCUCGCCCCGCAUCGCCCGACCGGAGAAGCAGCCAUCACAGUAGCUUCGGCGGCUUCGGCGGCUUCUCGGCGCUCUCCGCCCUCAGUCACCGCGACACCUCGGCCCGCUCCUCGACUCCUGCCAGUCCUCAGCCUACUUCGCCGCCGCCCGAGCAGCAGGAGCACCCCGAAGACCACCGCAACUGGGUCGACUCGGAACUGCUCAGCACGCUCAACGUCAACGACCACACUUCGCCUCCGACGUCCGCUCCGACAUCUCGACCAGGCAGUCGGCCAGGCUCGCGCCCUCCCUCGCGACCGAGCUCUCGACCAGGGUCGCGCGCGAGCAGUCCUGACCGCGCCUCGUCGAUGGCCAUGCCGAUUGCGUCUGCGCCCACCACGCCUGGCGACCACGAAGAGCGCCCGCCUCUCUCUCGCUCGCACACCUCGGGCAGCUUCUUCAACCUGCACUUCCCUAAGCCACUGCGGCCGCUCACGUCGUUCUCGCGGAACAACUCGGCGAGCAACUUGCGGGACAUGCUGCACAUGAGCAGCUCUGGCAGCGACUCGAGGCGCGGGUCGACGGCGCCGCAACAGCAACAGGAGGAUCCUGCUGGGACGCCGUCACCGUCUGCGCUGUCGAAUGCGCUUGCUGCACACGUUGCGCGAACUGGCUCGACUGGUCCAGCCCCGCGACCUUCCCUCGCUAUGGACACCGCGCCUCAAGCGAUUCACACCCAUCCGCUCAUGUCCAAUUCGCCGUCCCAUACUCCUCCGCAUAAUCCGGCGACGGCCAACUUGUCGAAUGGCGCCUCGCCCAUCUCUGCUUCUCCCGCCCAGCCCAGCCCGAUCUCGCCAGGCCACAACAGCAACUUCCACCUGCACUACCUGCCGACCCCUCCGCCUCUUCUCUCGCCCUCACCCAUGUCCAGCACGCCUUCCCGAACAGGCGUCAGCUCGCCCGCUUUGUCGUCGUCCGUCUCGUCGAGCGGACGACCAGCAGGCGAGCAUGCCGGGCCGAGCGAUGUCGAUUUCCUCUCGCAAGUCCCGCCGUACGACAUCGCCGCACGAGGCUUCCUCGGUGGAGGAGUCGUGCCGCUCUCGUUCAAUCCGCCGCUGUACGACGAUGUCUGCAGUCCGGGCGGUACGAGACCUGGGUCUCGUGCGGGGAACAGGGCGGACAAGCCGCACGAGCAGGCUACGUUGGGCGAAGGGCCUCAUCCGGCGACGCAGGAGGGUGCGUUGGCGCACGACUUUGCGGUUGGCGGGUCGAGUUGA